AUGGAAGAUUCUUUGCGCUCGGCCGUGGGGAACCUCUCUGAAAGUGGAACUGACGAAGAACCGCUAACGUUAUUAAGAAAACGUAUGGAUACUUUCGUUCAGAAUCUGGCGCAGGCGCGUUCACUGAUGGAUCAAGGAAAUGGGGAAAAUUUUGAAGUCAAGGAAUUUUCACCGAUUCUUGAACUAGCACAUGCGUACCAGUGCUAUAUGAAUGAAACGAAAGCAUUACGAGGGCAGAUCGAGAAAAAAGACGGUGAGAUACUGGAGCUAAAAAAAGCUGUUAGGGCGAAGAUGGAAGAAAUCUCUGAAAUACAGCUCAGAAAGGAAAUGAUGGAGCGGAAAAUCGAAAACACAGGCAAAGAAGGCGAUGACAGAGUUAUUCGUCUUCAACAGCUGAUAGACGAGAUUAAUCAGAAAUCGAAAAAGAAUGAACAGGAAGUUCAGAAAACGUUGGACAGCUUUCAGCAAGAAAUCGAUGCGUUGGAGAAUGAAAACGCCGAUUUGAAGAACCGCUUGAAUUUGGCAGCUAAAAAGGCGGUGCUUGGCAAUAUUUCGGCGGAUGGAUCACCGAAGCUAUUGUCUAUACAACCUUCAUCCGGUAGUUCAGUGUCAACGGUUGAGUCACAGUUGGUUCGAGGUCUCCAAACCGAGAUCGAAAUGUUGAGGUACCGUUUGAUGGUCACGCGACAGGAGAAAAUGGAAGACGAAGUGCAUCGCACUACCGAAGUCAUGCGUAACUUGCCGCCGUUGAUACUUCCCAGGACAUGCACAUCUUUUUACGUACGACAUGGAACCGCUGAUCAGAAAUAUGAACAACGCCGUGAUGAGUUCCACAAACUAAUUCGCGACUUUAACCGGUUUAAAAAGGUGCGUUUGUGUUGGGAAUAA